GCUCGGAGCAACAUGGCCGCUAGUAUCAUCACAGUGCCCCACUCCACCGUAUGGUCACCAGCGGCCGCUUGGCACAUCAAGGGAUUUUACCGGCUUAUAAGACGCAUGUUUCGAACCCCCCGGACGAUAUCACCUGCAUCACAUCAUGAUGUUACGCCUUCUAUUCCUUUCUGGACUAGCAUUCCGCAGUUUCGUUACAGCUACCCUAUACACAGAUCCAACUGAGUUGCCGAUGAGAGAAUAUGACUUUGUUGUGGUUGGAGCGGGAACAGCAGGCAGUGUUAUCGCAGCCAGGCUAUCAGAGAAUCCCUCUUUCUCCGUCCUCGUGAUAGAAGCUGGUCCAAGCAACCAAAACAUCCUAGCCGCUGAAGUGCCAUUCUUGGGUUCUACUCUCUCCCCGAACACCGCCGUUACUUGGAAUUAUACCACCACACCUCAAAUAGGUCUCAAUAAUAGGACUAUAUCAUAUCCGAGAGGAUACGUCUUGGGCGGCUCGAGUACAAUCAAUUUUGAGAUAUGGACCAGAGGCUCCGUAGAUGAUUAUGACCGAUUCGCGAUUGUGUCCUCCGAUCCUGGCUGGUCAUGGCCCGAAAUGUUUCAUUACAUGAAGAAAAGCGAACACUUGGUGCCUCCUACCGACAACCGUUCUGUGUUCGGAGAGGUCGAUCCCUUUGUACAUGGUAUGAAGGGGCCAGUUCAAGUAAGCCUGGGUGGCUUCGUCGGUGACGUAGAUCAACGUGUCAUUGACACAACGGGAGACUUUGACUCCGAGUUCCCUUACAACAUAGACAUGAAUUCAGGUUAUCCUCUGGGAAUCGGAUGGACACAGAACUCCGUGAGCUCGAAAGGUUUUCGCAGCAGCUCAGCUACAGCAUACUUGGCACCUGCGAUGGAAAGAGAUAACCUGGAUAUCCUCAUCCAAACUCGUGUCACAAAACUUGUAGCGGUUUCUCAUGCAGAUGGUGUCCCGACAUUUGGUCAAGUAGAGGUGGCCCAAACCCCAACAGGUCCACGAUUGUUGUUCAAUGCAAGCAAAGAAGUCAUUCUAUCUGGCGGAUCGAUCAAUACACCCCAGCUUCUGCAGCUGAGCGGUGUCGGUGACUCGGCGUUGCUUGCAUCAUUGAAUAUAACUACUGUUCUUAAUCUUGGAGACGUCGGCAAGAAUCUUUCAGACCAUCCUUUCUUGAGCAAUCACUGGCUCGUCAAUUCGACUUCUACAUUCGAAGAAGUUGGCCGAAAUGUAACUUUAGCUGCUGAUCUGCUCGCACAAUGGAAUGCGACUGGCACAGGACUUUUCUCGGACCCCGGUGCCAACCAAAUUGGCUGGAUGCGACUUCCGCCAAACUCGAGUAUCUUCCAACAGUAUCCUGACCCGUCUGCUGGCCCAGCAUCUGCUCACUAUGAACUUCUACCCGCCAACGGAUUCGUGUCAUUUGUUGAAAGUACCCCAGCGACAGGUUUUUUCUUAUCUGUUGUGACAAACGUAGCUUCUCCACUAUCUCGUGGUUCGGUGACGUUGGCGUCGAGCGAUCCUUUUGACAAUCCACUCAUCGAUCCUGCAUUCCUGGAAAGCCCAUUCGAUAUCUUUGUAAUGGUAGAGGCCAUUAAAACUGCAAAGCGAUUCGUCGAGGCGCCCGCUUGGAAAGGCUACAUUAUCGAAGCCGUUGGUGCUCUCAAUUCCACGUCAGACGAAGACUUGGCAGAGUAUGCUCGAAACUCAACGUCGACGGUUUUUCAUCCAGUCGGAACUGCUCGAAUGACAUCCUACUCCAGCCAGGAUGGCGUGGUCAACCCAGAUCUACUUGUCAAAGGGAGCUCCGGACUGCGAAUCGUUGAUGCAUCUGUUUUGCCAUAUAUACCGGCUGCGCAUCCUCAAGCAUGCAUUUAUGCAUUUGCUGAAAGAGCAGCGGAUUUGAUCAAAGCUGCAUGGUCGUGAGGCUGAUUGACAUGAACCGCGCAAUCUCGAUUUCGGGCCACUGUUGAUGGGUACCAGCGUAAACGACAGAAAUUGUGUCGUAUUCCAGGCUUUAUUCCUUUGUUCCCAACCCCCUUACAGACUCGCCUGAUUCCCGUAGGAAUUGAACUGAAACCUUAAGCUAACCCACUACUGAGAGCCUGGCGAUAUAUGUAGAGAGUCAUGGGAGAGUCAUCCUUCGUCUGUCACGAUACCAGCUUGCAGCACGCUGAAGUUCCUCCACUGCGAAUGUUCUCGUCAGAUUUCAGAUGUGAGAAUGAAUCGAUCAGUACGUCUUUAGUCACUAGUCGUACCUCUGGAUAGAGAGCUUAGGAUCUGGGUAAUUUUUGCGUGAAAUUUAGAAAAUAUUAAUUGCACUUGAAGGCUACACCGUCAC